AUGGCUGCUGAACGCCGCUGGGACAAACGUCGAUUUCAGCUUGAGGAGUCCGCAAGUCUAAAUGGUGGCGCCCGCACGGUUUUCAUCGAAUCGAUGGCACCAGGCACAACAGUACCUCCCCAUUUCCAUAAUCGCUUCGCGGAGACCUUUGACCUCAUCAGUGGAUCUAUCUCCGUCUACAGCAGUGCUAAACCGGAUCUCGAUCUCCUGGAAGCAUCCAUCCAAGACCUGGAAGUCGGCAAGAAGGUUACCGUCGAACCAGGGCGAUUCCACAAAUACCUUGUUUGUGGAGAGGAACAGGCAGUACUCCGGGCCAUUAUAACACCAGGUGAUACCGAUUUUGAAAGACUUUUAAAAAUCCUGAACGGUCUGAGCGCGGAUGGAGAACUGGAAAGUAUGGGCGAUAGCGUCAUCCUCAUGGCGGUUAUUAUGGGGUUAGGUGACGCGCAUCUUAUCGGUCCAGCAAAAGAUAUGUUAGAAGGCGUCAAGAUAGAGAAGAAGGACGAGAUUGAGGAAUUGAGAAUGAAGCUUCUAGCCAAGUAUGAUACUGAAGAAGCAUUACGAGAAUUACUGGUCGAUAAGGUUUAA